AUGGAGUAAGUAGCGCUACUAGCUGAUGAGCAAAAUCGAAAAGACAUUAAGAAAAUCAAUUCUCUUAAGACUAUCAAUAUUGUAUUCUUGGUACUCUCUGUUUUGGCCUUGAUUUACGAGCUUACUGUUUUCUCGUAUUAUUUAUGGUAUAUGGAUGUGCUAAUAGGAGUAUAAGUUGUCUUCGCAGUCAGCAAUCUUGGCUUUAUAAUAUCUCACGAAGACACCUAGUAGUUUUGGUUAACCUACAGGAAGUAUUUUAUCUAUGGCCCCUUCGUAGUCAUGGUUAUAGUCACUAUUGUUUUACUUGGAUUAGUUGCAUAUCAGCUAUUCCAAAGUGAUGAAUUCGAUAAAAAUGAUCAGAACUAUAAGUUGUAUGCAACUCUCGCUUUGCUGUUUCCGAUCGUUCCCAUUCUUGGCCAAGGCAUAAGUUACGUGAUCCUAAUUAGUCAGAUGUAUGAAUUCAAUCUGAGAAUACACAGAUUUUUGCUCUUUGAGAGUGUCAAACAAAGUGCUGAUAAUAGUACGCUAGUGACAACUGACGAAUAAGAUCUGAAUGAUGAGGCUGAUCAAGAGCAAAAUAAUUACAGAUAUGAAAGGAUAAGCAGUAAUAGAAGCAAUGCAUACCAACUUAGCGGAGAUCGCAGACUUUCAACUGGAUCAACGACUAAUCCUGGCAUAAACUGA